UGGCGCGCGUCGCUGUCCGAGGUCCUGAAAUCUCCCAGCGCCUGCAAAAGAGUUUAGGGCUCGCGAUCCCUGAGCACUUCUCUCUUCGUGCUUACGUUCUUGCCCUCGCGCUUACCUCCGCGGACCUCUUCGCCCCUGCCGCUCACCUGCCCGUCCGUCUCCGCGGCGCUCGCUCUCAGCUGGUGCUGGCACCUCUCGUCGAACCUUUGGGCCAUCAUGCUGAAUUAAGCACGGUCGGAAUCGCGCGGUAGAAUGGAAUCCGCGCGUGCGGCUCUUCACGCCUUUCUGUUCGGCCACAUGCUCGCGACUGCAACCGCAGCCGGAAAAUUUGGCUGCCUAUAUGAGGAUGAGCUGUGUGAGCCCCGUGAAGCUUGUGUCAAUGAUGGAGUGUUUGGACGAUGUCAGUGGUCUCCUGGUGUGUAUCAUUACACAUAUGAUGAGUCACCAGAAGCCCUGCAGCGCCUGAGGAACGCACUCCAAAAACUUGCCCACCAAGGCUACACCUGGAAGGAUGACGUCACCCAGGAGAUGAUCUCCAGAGACCUGCUGGAGAUGCCCAGGGCUCCAGUGCAGCACCUCAGCCUCACAUUCCCUCCCAGCUCCAGGGCUUCCAUUGUUGAGGCUGACAGCAGUAUGAUGGCUGGUGAUGAGGCCCAAAAAGACAGAACACUGCACAGGUACUUACAGGAACUUGGUUUCCUGUCUGCUGAUGUCACUUCCUCUAAACAGAGUCUUCAAGAACAGUCUAGAGAUAAUCCAGUGUCUGAUUACCACACGGAGGCCCACGCAAGACCACCCCCACUUCCACUGUCUUCCACCUUUAUCCAGCCUGCCUCUAAACAUUUCCACCCAGCCCUUCCACCCCCGAGCAGGCUUGGGCCUGACCGGAUGGGCCUCCUGGCCAGCAUACAGCGUUACCUCUCCAGGUUGAGGGCCCAGUUAACCAGGCCAUCUCAGAUGAAGGUCCAGGACUACAGCUUUCAGCGCAUGGCUCCUCCCAGGAGAGAGAAGGCUCCGAGUGCUUCCAGACAACCUCCUCGGCCCAGAACUGACAAACUACUGUUUGGAUCAGUACGGAACCGACCUGCUCCUAAAGACUCCCUCAGCUCAGUGGAUGAGAAGUUCAUCCAAGGUGUUGCACAACAGCUCUGGAGGAAAAGUGUCAGCGUGGACACCCUGACCCCUAGUGACCUUGACCAGCUCUCAGAACUCAUUGCUCAGACCCUGCAGAUGGUGGACGGAGUCAAGGGGGCCAAGGGUGAUGAGGUCACGGAUGAUGAAGAGGGUAUUGAAGAGGUGGAGAUGAAGAGGGAGUCUGUUACUGCUGAAAAGCAAGUAGAGAAGACUGGAGAAGAGGUUCAUUCCACAGAAGACCAACCUGAAGAAAAUGCCCCAAAGUCAGAUGAAAAGGAUGAUGCUUUUAUCAGUCAGCUGCUAAAGUUCCUGAACAGAAACUCUGAAGCUGCUGCCCCUGCCCAGGAUGAAGAGGUUGUUUUAGGCCACACCAGCCUCCCAGCAAGACCAGCAGGAAUGAAGGCAGGAUGGGAAAAUGUCCAGAGCCGAACCACUCAGUCGGACCUGGACCUGGUGAAGAAGACGCUGGAGUCAGACACUGUGCUUGUGGAUCCUGUCGGGGACACUGAGAUUGAGCAACACCUUCACUGGGAGGACAGCCCCCCCAGAGAUGAGGGCUCGCUGCCAACCAAUUCACGAGCAGCAGAACCCCACAAGAAGCUGGAGAAAUAUGGUCCCAGGCUGGAGGAGACAUCUCAGAGGGAUGUGGCAACCUACUCAAGUCCACCACAUGACGGAGACUUGGGUUAUGUCAUCACUGAAGACUCUCUGUCUACUGAUCAGGGUUUGAACCUGAUGGAGAUCUUGGCUGACAGGGUCCACCUACAUGUGACUGACUUCCUCCAGCUCUCGGUUCUGGGUCCUGCAGUAACCUUUCGAGUGAGGCCCAAUGUCCGCAACAUCACCACAGCACUGCUAACCAGAGUUGCUGUUGAGCAGAAGAGAAUCUUGGAGAAAGAGAGUGGUGUGAAGAUUCUGGAGGUGGGACUGAGUGAUAGAACCAAAAUGAAUCAGAUUCCAAUCAUCAAGCACAGCCACGUGGAGCCAAACAACUUUUUGGUGUUGACAAUGGUCUCCAUGGCAUUUGUCGCCAUGGUGCUGGGGUUGUCAGGGGCGCUGUUUUGCAUGCGAUAUCGCUCCCACUACAAGCUGAAGGAGAGGCUGGCCAGCCUGGGGACUGACACCAGCCAUGAUGCCACAGCAGCCUAUCAGGACUUGUGUCGGCAGCGAAUGGCAGUUCAGACAUCGGAGCGUGCCGAGCGCGGUUCUGACGUCUUCCACCCAACACACACAUCGCGCAUCAACAGUGUGUCGUCUCAGUUCAGUGAUGGAGCGACACAGAGCCCAUCAGCACGUAGUAGCACGUCAUCGUGGAGCGAAGAGCCUGCCCAGACCAACAUGGACAUCUCCACUGGACACAUGAUCCUGUCAUAUAUGGAGGACCAUCUGCUGAAUCGCCAGCGUCUGGAGAAGGAGUGGGAGGCCCUGUGCAGCUACCAAGCCGAGCCAGCCUCUCACGCCAUUGCUCAGGACAAACACAAUACCAAGAAGAACCGCGCCAAUGGAAUGCUUGCCUAUGAUCACUCCCGGGUAAUUUUAAAGGCUGAAAAUAACCAUAGCAAUGGUGACUACAUCAACGCCAGUCUCAUCAUGGAUCAUGACCCUAGGAAUCCUGUCUACAUCUCUGCUCAAGCUCCACUUCCAUGCACGGUUUCAGAUUUCUGGCAGAUGGUGUGGGAAAGUGGAUGUGUGGUGAUUGUCAUGCUAACGCCACUAGCUGAGAAUGGGACCAAACAGUGCCAUCAGUACUGGCCAGAUGAAGGCUCUGACCUGUACCACAUUUACGAGGUCAACCUGGUUUCAGAACACAUUUGGUGUGAGGACUUCCUGGUCCGCAGUUUCUAUCUGAAGAAUGUUCAGACCAAUGAGACACGUACUGUAACCCAGUUCCACUUCCUCUCCUGGAUGGAUCAGAGUGUUCCAGAAUCUGCCAGAACUCUGCUAGACUUCCGUAGAAAGGUUAACAAGUGCUACCGGGGAAGAUCUUGUCCCAUAAUUAUCCACUGCAGUGACGGUUCAGGCAGAUGUGGGAGUUACAUACUGAUAGACAUGGUACUGAAUAAAAUGGCUAAAGGUGCUAAAGAGAUUGAUAUAGCGGCAACUCUGGAGCACCUGCGGGAUCAGAGGGCAGGAAUGGUGCACACCAAGGAUCAGUUUGAGUUUGCACUGACCGCAGUAGCAGAAGAGGUGAAUGCCAUCCUGAAAGCCCUCCCCCAGUGAGGGAGGUGUAACACCCCUGAAAGCCCUCCCCCAGUGAGGGAGGUGUAACACCCCUGAAAGCCCUCCCCCAGUGAGGGAGGUGUAACACCCCUGAAAGCCCUCCCCCAGUGAGGGAGGUGUUAUACUCUCUCUCUCUCUCUCUCUCUGAUUUUUCUGUGAACUAGUCACCUGUUCCUCUCUUUGCUAUAAUAUAUUAAAAGUUGACACAGAACAAAACAGAAAUGAAGGAAUUAGAACUGAUGAAAAUAUGUUAAAUAUAUUUCCAUAUCCUAAUGUGCUGCAUACAACUCAUGUCAGAUGUGUGCAGAUAAAUAUAUCGCUUUAAAAUGACUAUUUAGAAUGAUGUUUAAUUUUGUGCAGAUAGAGAUUGUAUUUGAUGAUACAGCUUUGUUGGCAGUGUACAUAAUGGCCAAUAGGUGUGUGUAUUUUAAGUAAUAAUAGACACACAUAUAUAUAUAUAUAUAUAUACAUAUAUACACACACACACACA